GUCUCCUCCGUUUAAAUCGACAACGAGGCACAGCAGGAAAGGUUUGACUCGACAGUAAUUUACCAGUCUGUACACACAGCCGCUAUACUUGAUUACCUGUGAUGGUCAGGCCAACUUCAGCGUAACAGCGGUACACGUGACCGUAAUGGCUGCCAAUGUUUUGUAACCUGGGUGUGUUUACAGCCGGUGGACGUUGCCAUAAAAGGGCUCGGAAGUGAAGGCGGAAGCACGUGUUUGGUUUUCUGCAAUCCUAUUGGCUGCUGCAGUCUCGUUUUGAAAAAAACUCGUCGGACUUAAGGCGGAGGGAAGAUUCAAAAUUAGAGCAGCAGAAAGGACAAAACGGAGUCAAAUUAAUUGACAUAAUGAACAGGCAAGCGAAGUAUAAACCCCCCCGCAGGCCUCCUCCAAAAAGAUCACCAAACAACCAGAAAGACCCGGUUGGGGUGUACUUACGCGUGCGUCCUCUGAGUGCGGAGGACGAGGAGUGCUGCAUUGAAGUGAUCAGCAGCACCACCAUCCAGCUGCACACUCCUGAGGGCUUCAAGGUUCACCGCAAUGGAGAAUACAAAGAGAUGCAGUACUCUUUCACAAAAGUCUUUGGAGUUUCCGGAUCACAGAUGGAUCUUUUUGAACAUGUGGCCAAACCUCUUGUUGAUGAUCUUAUUCAUGGAAAAAAUGGUUUACUUUUCACAUACGGGGUGACUGGAAGUGGAAAAACAUUCACCAUGACUGGCUCUCCGGGUCAGGGUGGACUCCUGCCUCGUUCCCUUGACAUGAUCUUCAACAGCGUCCGUCCCUACCAGGCCAAAAGAUAUGUUUUUAAGACUGAUGAUAAAAAUGGCAUGGAAAUUCAAUGCGAGGUCGAUGCUGUGUUGGAGCGCCAGAGAAGGGAAAAUAACUUAUCUGUACCUAAAACACCUUCCUCCAGACAAAAGAUUGAUCCUGAAAUCAGUGACAUGUUAAAGCCAGAGGAAGCUUAUAAAGCAGACUCUGUGGAUGAGGACAGCAGCUACAGUGUCUUUGUGUCCUACAUUGAAAUCUACAAUAACUACAUCUAUGAUCUCCUGGAGGAUGGUUUGGAAGAUGCAAUCAAGCCAAAGUGGAAUGGUGGAGGCACACCUCUGCGCCAGAACACUGAGUUCAUACCGCCUCAGUCUAAAACCCUCAGAGAGGAUCAGAAUCACAACAUGUACGUGUCUGGCUGCAUGGAAGUUGAAGUCAAAUCUGCUGAAGAAGCCUUUCAAGUGUUCUGGAAAGGCCAGAAGAAGCGGAAGGUUGCAAACACUCGUCUGAACAGAGAGUCGAGUCGCUCUCACAGCGUGUUCAUUAUCAAACUGGCGCAGGCUCCUCUUGAUGCCGAUGGCGACAACAUUCUCCAGGAUAAGAACCAGGUUAUCGUUAGUCAGUUGUGCCUGGUGGACUUGGCAGGAAGUGAGCGUACCGGCAGGACCGGGGCAGAAGGCACACGUAUACGUGAAGCAGGUAACAUUAAUCAGUCUCUGCUGAAUCUGCGGACGUGCAUCGAGAUACUCCGAGAAAACCAAACUUGUGGCACAAACAGGAUGGUCCCCUACAGAGACUCUAAAGUAACCCACUUGUUUAAAAACUACUUUGAUGGAGAAGGAAGGGUCAGGAUGGUCGUUUGUGUCAACCCCAAAGCAGAUGAUUAUGAGGAAACACUGUUGGUGAUGCGCUUUGCAGAGAUGACUCAGGAGGUGGAAGUGGCUCGUCCCAUGGACAGACCCAUUUGUGGCUUUACUCCAGGCCGUCGUUACAGAAACCAGGCCUUUAAAGAAGAGCUGUCUCGCAAGUUACAGGACCGUGGUGGCCCAGUUGACACAGAUGGUGGUACCACCUUUACGAGCAACCUGGGGCGCAGCCUGCCCCCUCUACCCUCCUCUGAGCUGACUGACCCGAACGAUGAUGUCACCCUGCCUCGUCUGAUWGAAGCUCUGCAGAACAGACAGAGGAUCAGGCAGUUGAUGACUGACGAAUACAACAAAGCAGCCAACAUUAUGAAGUCUAAGCUUCAGGAACUGGAGUCGGAUCUCAUCUCUAAACAAAAUUUGAUCAAUGAACAAAAUGGCAGACUUUUGGAGAAAGACAAAAGCAUCCAAAACAACAAGGCAGAGAUUGAACGCUUAGAGAAGAAGACCAAGAUGCAAGAGCGAACGAUCGACAUGUUGCAGAAAACAACUAAAAUCUAUGAGGAUGACAAGCGUUCGUUGCAGCAGGAGCUGGAAACCAGAGAGAAUCGUCUUCACAGGGAGUUGUCUGAGAAGAGACGCAUGGAGCAGCGAAUGCACGGCAUGCUCUCAGACACGCAGCACAAGUGGGAAAAAGAAUGUGACAGACGAGUUAACGCAAUGCAGCUGGAGAUGCAAAACAAGCUCUGGGUGAAAGAUGAAAAGUUGAAACAACUCAAGGCCAUCGUGGCAGAGAACAAGACUCCUGGCUGUCCUGAUCCUCCACCGCAUCAAUCCCAGCCUCAGCGACCCUCCAGAGAGGAGCGCCCCCCACCGAAGAAGAGAUCUGCAUCACCCACACCUCUUCCUAGCCCCACUGAGUCUCCUCAGAUCAGUCCAGUGCCAGGGUCACAGGCAGUCAGUGCUCAUAGAGUUGAAGAGUUUGAGAUGAUCCCAAGAUCCACAUGGCCAACGCCCUGCAGCAAUGCUUCUUUGUCAUCGUCUGUCUCUUUAUCGGAGGAGUGGGCAGAUCCCGACAGCAGGCAGGCUUUCCAGUCCCCUAGACCAGCCGAGAGAACCCAGUCUGCAGCCCAGAGAACCAACACUCAUUCUCCAGACAACAGGCAGGCUUCCCAGUCUCCUAGACCAGCCCAAAGAAAUAUAACCCAUUCUCCAGACGAUAGGCAGGCUUCUCAGCUCCCUAGACCGGCCCAGCAAACCCAGUCUCCAGCAGGUCCUUCCGUCAGCCAGAGAGGAGGGUGCUAUGGUAGAUUCUGCUGUCCCUCCCUUGAUUUUGUCCUAGACCAAGUAGAGAGAAACUACAGGACAACGACCCCAGUGCGGGCCCUGCACCGCCGUUCUCGUUCUGCUGGUGGGGAGAAAUGGGUGGACCACAAGCCGGCAUCCAACCUGGACCUGGGCACCGUCCUGCAGCCCGUCAUCCCCAAUGCCAUCCAGGUGUCUGCACCCAACGAGAAGGCCCUGUCAAAGUGUGACAAAUACGUGUUAACACAYCAGGAGGUCGCAUCUGAUGGAGAGAUACAAACCAAACUUAUAAAGGGAGAUGUGAUUAAAACCAGAGGAGGAGGACAAGCUGUUCAGUUCACUGACAUUGAGACUGUAAAACAGCAGCUCACCAUGGCCUCAAACCGAAAAAGAAAAUCCUCUGAAGAAACUCCGGUCAACAAAGAUCAAACUGAUGGUUCUUGGACUGAUGUGGAGACAAGGUGCUCGGUGGCUUUGGAGAUGAAGGCGGGGUCAAACAUGGCACCUGGACAUGAGCAUCAUGGGAUCACAAAGCGCAGAAAACCAUGAAAACUACAGAAGGCUGCAGCGGAGAUGACUCUCCUCUGUCUUCACCUGGCUGCUGUGCAAUAAUCUKAACUGUUUUCGUAGAUUUAGCUUUUGUUAUGAUAUUUAAACAUUUUACAUACUUUUUACAUGCAAAAGAAAUGCAUUUAUAUGUACCUAAACAUGGGUCACCAAAGGUUUUGUGAAAUAUUUUUAAGUGUUCUGAAAAAUAUCAGUUGUUACAAGUUAUGUUUAUAAAAAAAAAAGGGGGGGGGGGGGCUGUCAAACUUUUUUCCCCUCGUUUUGUGACCAAUCAGUCUAACAUUUGGCACAUGUGAUUUUACCAGUUUAUUGGUCUAAGUUUGUUUGCCUAAAUAAAUUGUAUCAAACUUCAAG